AUGGGAGACAAGCCAAUUUGGGAGCAGACUGGAUCCAGCUUCAUUCAACAUUACUACCAGUUAUUUGAUAACAACAGAACCCAACUAGGUGCAAUUUAUAUUGACACAAAAUGCCUUACGUGGGAAGGACAACAGUUCCAGGGGAAAGCUGCUAUUGUGGAGAAGCUGUCUAGCCUUCCAUUCCAGCAAAUCCAGCACAGCAUCACGGCACAGGACCAUCAGCCCACUCCAGAUAGCUGCAUCAUCAGUAUGGUUGUGGGCCAGCUCAAGGCUGAGGAAGACCCCAUCAUGGGGUUCCACCAGAUGUUCCUCUUAAAGAACAUCAACGAUGCUUGGGUUUGCACCAAUGACAUGUUCAGGCUUGCCCUGCACAACUUCAGUUGA